UAUCCUUCCUCCAUCUAGCUCCAAAAUCAUAAACCAAACAAGCCUCAAAGCAGGAAGGCUACUGCGGCGCAGCAGCAUCGUAGAGUGAUUUCAGCAAAGGAGGACGACACUCAGACGAUGUUCGCCGCUGAUGUCCAUCUCGGAACCAAAAACUUUGACUUUCAGAUGGACCGUUUUUCCUUCAAACGCCGAAAUGACGAUGAUGUAAGCUUAGUGAUGGUGCUGAUUGACACCAACCCGUUCUUCUGGAGCUCGAUGAAGAAUAGUGGCUCUUUUACUUUUUCAAAGCUCCUAUCUCAUGUCAUCCCAUUUUUGAAUUCAAUACUAUUACUGAACAAGCUGAAUCAAGUAGUAGUCAUAGCCACUGGGUACAAUUCUUGUGACUAUAUAUUUGAUUCCUCUGACCCCUCAAACCAAAGGGCAGAAUGCAUGUUGGAGAAAUUGGAAGAGUUUGUGGAAAAAGAUGAGUCAUUGAGUCAGGAAGAUUCAGUUGACGUGGUUCAAUCUUCGCUUCUCUCUGGAUCACUUUCAAUGGCUCUCUGUUAUAUACAAAGGGUGCUUCGUGCAGGGCCACUCCAUCCUCAGCCCAGGAUACUAUGCAUCCAUGGAUCCCCAGAUGGACCAGGACAAUAUGUGGCCAUCAUGAAUUCAAUAUUCUCUGCUCAGCGCUCAAUGGUACCAAUUGAUUCAUGUGCCAUAGGGACCCAGCAUUCCGCUUUCUUGCAGCAGGCUUCAUACAUAACUAAUGGUGUAUAUUUGAAGCCCCAAUUAUUGGAUGGACUGUUUCAAUACCUUUCGACAGUUUUUGCUACUGAUUUGCAUUCUCGUGCCUUUCUACAUCUUCCUCGGCCUAUGGGGGUUGACUUUCGUGCUUCGUGUUUUUGCCACAAGAACACGAUUGACAUGGGUUACAUAUGCUCUGUUUGUUUGUCCAUUUUCUGCAAGCAUCAGCCUCAGUGUUCAACAUGCGGAUCCAUCUUUGGGAAGGCUCGAGGACAUGUUGAACCUGCUUCGUGAACUUAGAGGGGCUUGCUGGUCUUAUUUUUUCAUGCGUAAAGCUGGGUUCAAGUUGCUGAAUAUCUUGAAGGGUCGAUACCAACCAGUUCCUAUUCCGGACUAGCCAGUAAUGUGUAGUGCCUUAGAGUCGUUAGAGGUAUAAAGAUUCUGGCUGCGAUCCCUUUGGUUUCUAUUAUGCCCAUAGUGAGGGUUCUAAGUGCUUUUAUAACAUUUUAUAGUGAUUAUGCAAUGAUGAUCGUUGUUUGCAAAUAGUGCAAACUGUUACAAUUGGUUGCAAAUGAAAGUGAUGUUUUUUAUGCUUUUUUGAAAUGGUAAAUCCUCCAUUAACAGUCUUGUUAAAAUCCACAAGUGUGUUUAGACUUGAGAGACAAUCAUACUAGUGUGUUUAAAAUAUUCUCUUAUUUGAUUGUCCUAUAAACGUGAGUUGAAUUCCUAUUCAAAUUAAGCACCCAUAAUCCAUGUAUCGGCUUGUGAGUAAGAGAUUAUAAAGGCUAUUAUACUCCA